AUGAAGUUGGCAGCGAUCGGAUCACGCUGCGCUUUUCUGUCGAGAUCGCAAAUCAAACCGGCCCCGCACUGUCGUUUCCUUCAUUUGGCGCCUCCUUUCCUCCUGGAUGAUUAUACGCCUCGAUAUUUGACGCUCACUUCCCGCGACGAGGCUAAGAAACGAUCCCUGGCGUACGCCCACCUUGGCAACUGCAACUUGUGUCCGAGGCUCUGCGGAGUGAACCGGUACGAAACAACUGGCAUGUGCCUCGUUGGUGAUGAAGCAAAGGUCAAUGUCAUAGCGCCACAUUUUGGUGAAGAGCCAUGCAUCCAGGGUCACAACGGCAGUGGCGCCGUAUUCAUGAGCGGCUGCAACCUGCGCUGCGUCUUUUGCCACAACUUUGACCUAUCCCAUCGACGGAAUGGCAUGGACCUCACUCCGGAGCAGUUGGGCGAGUGGUAUAUGAAGCUACAGGAGGUUGGCAAAGUUCACAAUAUCAACAUUGUCACUCCAGAACAUGUGGUGCCGCAGGUGGCGUUGAGCAUACUUCACGCGAAACAGCUGGGGUUGAGGCUCCCCAUCGUUUACAACACGUCAAGCUUCGACUCUGUGGACUCUCUGAAACUCAUGGACGGGCUUGUGGAUAUCUACCUAGCCGACUUUAAGGUGUGGCACAACAGCACGGCCAGGCGGCUGCUCAAGUCAGAUGAUUACGUCGCCACCGCAAAGGAGAGCAUCAAGGCAAUGCAGGCCCAAGUGGGUGAUCUGUGCUUUACCGCAGACGGUAUUGCCAAGCGCGGUUUGCUAGUAAGGCACCUGGUCAUGCCGGGAAAGGAGCACGAGGGGGCAGAAAUAAUGAAGUGGCUCGCUUCGGAUAUUUCUCGAGAUUGCUUCGUCAACAUUAUGGAGCAGUAUCGCCCUGAUGCCCACGUCGACAAGAAAUCCCGGGCCAGGGUCACCGGCGUAGCCAGCAAAGAACAAGAGCAAACAAAUGUACGUUAUGCGGACCUGAACAGGACCGUGACGGAUGAUGAGGUCUCGGCUGUGCGGCAAGCCGCCGAAAAUCAUGGGCUCUGGAGAUUCAACGAAGCGCCAAGACAUGAAGGCUUCGCCAUUUAG